GAGGACGAGGCGCACCGGUUCCACGCGUCCCAGCUCAAGCGCGACGAGGCGGAGCUCGCCGGCGAGCGCGCGGCCAUCGAGCGCAGGAAGCAGCAGCACGUGCGCGAGUGGCAGCGCGUGCGCCACGAGGACGCGUCGCGCUUCGCGCCCCGGCCCACGAUGAACGACCGCUACCUCCUGCUGAGCCUGCUGGGCAAGGGCGGCUUCUCCGAGGUCUGGCUCGCCUACGACCUCGCCGAGGCGCGGCGCGUCGCCAUCAAGUUCCACCAGCUCGACCGCGGCUGGUCCGACGAGAAAAAGUCCGCGUACGUCCGCCACGCGGCGCGCGAGUACGCGAUCCAGCGCGACCUCGACCACCCGCGCGUCGUCAGGCUCCACGACGUCUUCGAGGUCGACACGAACACCUUCGCCACGGUGCUCGAGCACUGCGGCGGCGAGGAUUUGGACUCGCUCCUCCGGUGCCGCAAGCACCUGCCCGAGCGCGACGCGCGCGCGAUCCUCCUCCAGGUCCUCGCGGGCCUGAGGCACCUCCAGACGCCCAGCGGCCCGCGCAAGGCCAUCAUCCACUACGACCUCAAGCCGGGCAACAUCCUCUUCGACGACGCGGGCGACGCGAAGAUCACGGACUUCGGGCUCUCGAAGAUCGUCACGGACGACGACGCGUCGUCGCGGGGCGGGCCGACGCUGUCCAUGGAGCUCACGUCCCAGGGCGCGGGCACCUACUGGUACCUGCCGCCGGAGUGCUUCGCGACGGACGUCGCGGGCGGGCCGCGCAUCUCGGGCAAGGUCGACGUCUGGUCCGCGGGCGUCAUCUACUUCCAGAUGCUCUUCGGCCGGAAGCCCUUCGGCGAGGGGCUGUCCCAGCAGCGCCUCCUCGCGGACCGCACCAUGGCGCGGGCGACGUCCGUCGACUUCCCCGCGAAGCCCGCGGUCUCCGCGGACGCCAAGGACUUCCUCCGCGACUGCCUCAGGCACUCCGCCGCCGAGCGGCCCAGCGUCGCCGACCUCUGCGCCCACGCCUACGUCACGAAGGCCCUCUAA